AUGAGCCGCCGUCCCCACUCGUACUCGAGUCCGCCGACCGCUAUAGGUAGAGCGGGGACGGAGACGUGGAAAAGCGUGCUUGUGAGUGGAAGCCACAAGCGCGCUGGCUCCGGCGCCAUGUCAUCGGACACCGAGAGCACGGUCUGCGACCCGCGGUUAGAGGUCGCAUCCGAGCCGCAAGUCCCCAAGGGGCCGGGCCAGAUAAGGCGCGUGCCCCAGCUGUUCACAGCAACAGCACGAACCGUCAGAACCGACAUGGAGACGACGUCGAGCAACGCCAGUGACGUCGUCUGGCCGGGGUACCUCGCCCUCGGAAGCAUUGCGGAGGCGGAAUCGGUUUCCCUGCCGGUUUCGCUCGCCCCCGACUCACUUCGCGACGCCUGCGCGGAGAUCGAGCACAUCAGGCUUUGCGGCGGCGUCGCUGCCUGUGCCGCCGGCAGCGAAGCUCUGGCCGUCGCUUAUCUCGUGGCGAGCGGCCGUGCCCCCCGCCUCGCCGACGCGAUCCGGGCUGUCGCCGUUGUGCGGGUAGCAGGGCGUUCCGAUUCCGCCGACCCCGCCGACCCCGAGCCGCUCGAUGGCUGGCUACGAGACGACGCCCUUCCUGCGCUCCUGCGGCUCGAGAUGAGCGUGCGCGGCGAGCCGUCCGACCUGAGCGAGCUCGGCGGCUGUCCUGCCCGCUGGUGCUGGACGCACUGGGCGAGUGGCCGGCAGACGACACUGGUUGGGCGUGGGCGCGCCGUUGAGUGCGCCCCGCAGCCCCGCCUCUAUCUGAGCUGCACAGUGGCGGCGCACGGACCCCGAAACACCGCGCCCGCUCGCGCAGGCAACCGGCUUCUCUCCUUCUUCAUCUUCCUCUCGGGCUGCGACGCGGGCGGCUGCACUGCCUUCCCCCGCCUCAAGCAGCGCUUCCCUCCCGAGGCGGGCUCAGGGCUGGUCUGGUACAACCUCGACCGCGACGGCGCGCCCGACGAGCGGACGCUCCACGCCGGCGAGCCCGUCGAGCGAGGCGAAAAGUGGGGGCUCAACAUCUGGCUGCGCGAGCGUCCGCGCCGGCCGCCGACGGCGCGCGUCCGCGCCCUCGCGCGCGCCCGCGCCGACGGCGCGGUGCGGCUCUGCCUCUCCGUCUCGCCCGUUGCGCCGCCGUCGACGAGAUGUGCCGGGUGCGGCGACAUCGAGACGCCCCUCGGCCUCUGCCUCUGCCGCUCCAAGUAUGGCGAAGAGCCGGUCGCAGCCCCGCCAGAGCGGAUCCCGAUCUACUGCGAUGGCACGGCCGUCUUCCGACGCACCACCCUCUUCAGCCGCGAGCCUUCCUGACUUGCCUGUUGCGCCCAGGCACCUUAAUCUCUAUAGCCUAAGGCCGACUACUCUGCGGUGUCUCGCUGCUCGCUAUUUCCUACAUGGAAUUUCUAGUAGAGAACUGGUGACACGAGUUUAAGCUAUAACAACCUU